AUGUCAAGACGUUCAAAAGUGUAUUACUUACGCAAGAAGUUUCAACUUCCAGGGAUGAACGAUACAAUCCUACCUGAACCAAAUCAAUCAUUUGUCACUCAUCAAUUGGAAAACGUAGAGAGGAUUUUCUUCUUUCAAGUUCCAGCACAAGAACUUUUUAACAAUAAACUUUUAGUACUUCAAACAUUAUGCGACAAGCGAUUCAUUGAGAAGAUUUUGUUUGGUAUUUGCGAGCUGUUUAAUUCUAGUCAACUCUUGUGA